AUGGAGGUAGAACGUGAAAGAGUGACAGUGAGCAGGCCAAUGAAAACGGAGGGGCUAGACAUAAGGAGAGGGAGCGCAGGCUCGAUAGUAACUUGUAUACAGAAAAGGAAAAGAGGAGAAAUCGAGGAGAAGUUAACAGCAAAAUUAGAAGAGGAUAUACUGGAGAAAUUUAACGAACUAAAGAAGAUGAGCAGAUUGCCGCCAACUAAGAUCAUAAAAGAUAGAGAAAGGAAAGAGAGCAUAACGGCGGAAGAAAUGUUUAAGGAAAUUCUAAGGAAAAUGGAGGAGCAGGAAAAGGAAAGAAAAAAAGACAAAGAGGAAAUACAAAAUAUAAUGGAAGGGUUGAAGGAGGAAUUUAAAAAAAGGGAGAAGGAAUGGGGAAAGCAAAGAAACUCGAUUGAGAAAGGGUUGAGAAGGCUGGAGGAAAAGGUCGAGAAAGCGGGCUUGAAUGGAAUAGAGGGAAAGAAGGGUGAAAUACCGCAGAAGGAAAGAAAGAUGGAAGAAAGGACGAAAGUCAGAGGAACGGUGGAGAUAGAUGUGGAAGCGAUUGAGACGGUAAUGGAAGGAAGAACAACGAGGACGAUGAAGAACAUUAAGGAGUGUUCGGGCGCGGAGCAGAUUUUCACGCUGAACUGA